AUGGGCAACGUCUGUGUGAGGCUCCGGGAGUACAUGGAGCCCUGUCUUCCCGGCUUGUCCCAGGAGGCAGACAAGCCGGUGGUGAUUGAGAAUCCAGGGGCCCGUUCCUCCCCUGACACUCCCCGGUCACAGAGGCAGGAGCCGGAGAGAAGCCAGGGCCGCUACUUUGUGGCUCUGUUCGAUUAUCAGGCUCGAACCGCAGAGGACCUGAGUUUCCGUGCGGGCGACAAACUCCAAGUCCUGGACACUUCCCAUGAGGGCUGGUGGUUUGCCAGACGUUUGGAGAAAAGGGGAGAUGGCUCCGGGCAGCAACUGCAGGGCUAUAUUCCUUCUAACUAUGUGGCCGAGGACAGGAGCCUACAGGCAGAGCCGUGGUUCUUUGGAGCAAUAAAAAGAGCAGAUGCAGAAAGACAGCUCCUAUAUUCAGAAAAUCAGACGGGUGCCUUCCUAAUCAGAGAAAGUGAAAGCCAGAAAGGAACUUUCUCCCUUUCAG